AUGUCGACUCCCUCCGGCUUCCAAAAGCUUAUGACCAAGGCGCGCAACUUCGUGCCAUUUCUUCCCCCAUUGCCCAUCUCACCGCGCUUUGCCAAGGAGCAGGAUGCGUCGCCCCUCUACAGUCAACUCCCUGUAGAGGUUCGUCAAAUGAUCUGGCAGUCUGUCUUUGGCGAGCACCAUGCCGUUCACAUAUAUCUAUCGCGCAACAGAAUCCGCGCCAAAGAAUGCACCCAAGUCGACCUGGAAGACACGUCCACGUGGGGCCCUCACUACCGCGGUGCGUGCUCUCAACCGGGCACCAGGAGCCAAUGUGACCACGUUUCCUUUCUCUUGACGUGCAAGAAGAUUUAUUUUGAAUGGAUAUAUACUCUUUAUCGCGGAACGUUGUUUGACUUUUCGCAAUCGCCACGAAGUCUUCCGCUUUUGUACAACCGCCUGCCGACGACUCAUGUUGCCUGUAUUUCCCACGUCAACCUGACUUGGGACUUAUAUCGGACCUUGUAUCUUGAGUCGAAAAACCCCGGAAAAGAUGAAGUUCUCUGGCUUCGCAUAUGGGAUGCUCUUGCUGCCAUGGAAGGACUUGCUUGGCUAAAGUUUGCUUUGAGGCUCAACCCAGCGGCGCAGGCGUGGGAACACGAAUGGACGGAACGCGAGUCGAUGAUCCUGAGUUCGAUUAAAAAGGUUACGCGUCCCUCGUUCUUCGAAGUCACGCUGCCUUUUCCUGCUGCUGCCUCAACACAGGAAGAAACGCUGCCCUGCACUAUUAUUCGUGGAGCCUACAAAUGGUAG